GCUCCCGCGCCGGCCGCUGCACACCGACCCCGGCCCCCAUUCUAUGACGACGGCCCCACGGGCCCGGAUACCGAGGACGCUGGUGACGAGACGCCCGACGUGGACCCAGAGUUGCUGAGGUAUUUGCUGGGACGAAUCCUCACCGGAAGCGCGGAUGCGGAAGCUGGGGCCGCCCCGCGCCGCCUUCGCCGCGCCGCCAACCAGGAUCUGGGCCCUGAAGUGCCCCCUGAAAGUGUUCUGGGGGCACUGCUUCGCGUAAAACGCCUGGAGAACCCCCCACCACCCCCCGCGCCAGCGCGCCGUCUCCUGCCACCCUGAGCACCGCCUGCAUCCAGCAUGCCCCAGAAUCCAGGAGCGCACCAGCCAGCCACCUGAACCCCCUCGCCUGCACCCCUUCCAUCCCCAGGUCCCCAUCCCCUGGCCUUACAAUAACACCAUCUGAAAAAUC